AAGCUGUCAUUGCUAAACAACCGCCUAUCCAUUUAGAAUACAGUUCAGUGAUACACCUACACAGAUAAGUUAUAAAACCCAUAUAAAUGUUUGUGAUUUAUUGUUUAUCUAUGACCUUCACACCACUUCGCAGGGAAGCCCAUCCGUGUUUUGGUUUCUACUAAUUUCAAGUGUCUUAUUUUAUUUGAUUUUUAAGUAUUUUAAUAUAUCUUGCUUUAUUUACAUAAUUGAAAAUGACUUGGGGCUUUGUAACGUGUGGCCCUAACGAGGCACUAGUUGUGUCAGGAUGCUGCUACUCCAAGCCACUUCUUGUCCCUGGUGGACGAGCUUUUGUAUGGCCAGCUAUACAGCGUGUCCAGAAAAUAUCACUCAAUACAAUGACACUUCAAGUUGAGUCGCCAACGGUCUACACUAGUCAAGGCGUACCAAUUUCAGUCACAGGAAUUGCUCAGGUGAAGAUUCAAGGUCAGAAUGCCGAAAUGUUGCUGUCGGCUUGUGAGCAGUUUCUUGGCAAAUCGGAGCAGGAGAUCCAACAUAUAGCCCUUGUAACUCUCGAAGGACACCAGCGUGCUAUCAUGGGAUCUAUGACAGUGGAAGAAAUUUACAAAGAUAGGAAGAUAUUCUCCAAAAAAGUCUUCGAAGUGGCGUCAAGUGAUCUUAUCAAUAUGGGUAUUACAGUCGUAUCUUAUACAUUAAAAGACAUCAGGGAUGAAGAGGGUUAUUUAAAAGCGCUGGGUAUGGCGAGAACUGCGGAGGUGAAACGAGAUGCUCGUAUCGGAGAGGCCGAGGCUCAAGCUGAGGCAAAAAUCAAAGAAGCAAUGGCUGAAGAACAACGAAUGGCAGCUCGUUUCCUCAACGACACCGAUAUAGCUAAGGCUCAACGAGAUUUCGAACUGAAAAAAGCUGCUUACGAUGUUGAAGUACAAACUAAAAAGGCUGAGGCUGAAAUGGCAUAUGAACUGCAAGCGGCUAAAACGAAGCAACGCAUUAAAGAGGAACAAAUGCAAAUAGCGGUCGUGGAACGUUCCCAAGAGAUAAACGUACAGAAGUGGGAGGUGCAGCGACGGGAAAAGGAAUUAGACGCAACUGUGCGCAGACCAGCGGAGGCAGAGAAGUUUAAACUGGAAAAAUUGGCUGAAGCGCACCGAUUGAAGACUGUUCUCGAAGCUGAGGCUGAAGCCGAGGCUGUUAAAGUUCGCGGAGAGGCGGAAGCGUAUGCUAUUAAAGCGAAGGCAGCGGCAGAUGCAGAACAAAUGGCAAAGAAGGCUGAAGCUUGGAAGGAAUAUGGAUCAGCGGCUAUGGUUGAUAUGAUGCUGGAGACAUUACCAAAGGUCGCAGCGGAGGUGGCAGCACCAUUGUCGCAAGCUCGCAAGGUGACAAUGGUGUCAUGUGGUGGUGGCGAAGUUGGCGCUGCGAAGCUUACCGGAGAAGUUCUCACCAUCGUCCAAUGCAUACCGGAGCUGGUCAAAGGUGUUACCGGAGUCGAUAUCUCCAAGGCAAAGGCGCUGUCGGAGCCCACGCCCACGCCCACGGCGCGGGGCGAUUCCGCGCGCAAACUACGAUAACUGAAGUGGAUAACUAGACAAGUUUAUCCCUUUGAGGGUCUUCGCGCCGUCUAAAACUUCACAGUAAAUGUUUUCGUAUCUCCGUUCCGUUAACUGAAUGUUUUUAUCUAAACUCGAUGUUAGUUUUGUGUGUCUGUAUCAACUUGCUUUAUGUUGUAUAAGGCCAUUGUGCCGUUAAUAUUUUAUUUUAAAUUUACGCAACAAUUUUUAUAUGACAUUGUUUUUUAUGACGUUAGUUUGGAAGCUCCACGUGUAUCGACUCCGCCAAUACUAGUUUUUCACAUUUAGAACUCGGAUAUGUUUAAGUAAACAAGGUGCUUGUAGAAAUUCAGUGUGUUUUUGUCGCGCGGGCUCUUUAAUCUCUGGAUGAAAUGCAAUUUGUGAAUUCCCUCCAUUUUUUAUAAUCGAUUUUAUUAGGUUUAGUAUCUUAAUCUAAGUCACCUGUAGAAUCUUUAUUACUUACGUCUACUAUUUAAUGUUUGCUAUAGCGUUUAUAAUUAACCACGGAAAAGAUUUUAACAGUUUUUAUCUUCUGUAGAACGGAAAAAGUUGAUAUUUAUUAAUGGUUUUAAAUUAUUGCAAGGUCCUUUUUACUACAAUUCCUUAGAGUGCUCUAUACUGCAUGGAAAUUUAUUUGUUUAUUGCAAAUAAUAUUGGCUACCUGAACAAUAUAAUUGAUGUAGACUUUCGAACGUAGAUAUCGUAUGUUUAACUGUCGGAUUGCUUAAUAUCUGUUAAGCGAUUUUCACUGACAGUAUAUAAUAUGUAAAAAACGAAUACAUAAACUUUGAAAAGGUGAAUAUAACGAACACCAAGACAUUUUCUUGCGUUGUAGUAAACAUUAUAGUUUACUCGGAUGUUACUUAACAUCGGCAACGAAAUUUAUUGAUUCAGUAACAAACAUUUUAUAGUAGAUUAGGACAAUAUCUUAAUGUGGCAAUAACUUCUUAUCUACUAAUUUAGGUGCUUAUUGAGCAGAUCCGCCGGAGUGCGUGUCUAGAAUUAAAGAGCCUGUGGACACUGCCAGCUGAUUCCUUGUAACCUACGUUAAGAUAACCAUGCGGUCAAUAAUAUAGGUAUUUCCAGAGAAUUAUUUUCAUUGGAUAUUGUAGAAAUUUAGAAUGGCGUAAAAAUAUUAGAAAUGUGUAGCAAAUGCUGUGUUAAAGAAAUGUACAUCCUAGCAAACUUUCUACUUAACGUUUCGACCAAUCCGAAAUUCGCAAACGUAGAUUACAAAUGACUGUUAUACAUGUAAAGAAAAGAAAAUUAUAAUCUAUAUUUUUUUAUUUAGCUAAACUGUCGUUAGGGUAAAUGAAAAUAUUUGGUGUUCAUAAGGGUUUUUGGUAUAGAAAUUUGAAAUUUAUUCUAGCGCAUUUCUAGACGUAAUGUGGUUUAUCUAUAAAAUAAAAAAAAAAUGUUUGAUACAUAUACGUUAGAGUAUUUUGGGAGCUAGUGUUGAUUGUCAACGAUCAAAUAGAUUUUUUAACUUUCAGACUUUUAAUAGUCAAUUUGAUCCUUGUUCGUGUGUAUAGACAGGGGUUUUCGAUAAAUAUAGGAGCUGUGACAUUGAACUAAAUAUAAGAAAUCGCAAACAAUUGCCUGUGUGUAUUAUGUACUCUAUUAUAACUAUGUACAUAGUCUAUACACAUGGCUUUUCUGCACGUGUAUUAUGACUUGCAUUUCUAUAGCUUUUGCCUUACCUAAAUAACAAAAUCGAAGCUGUAUUUUUGUAUUUACUGCAUUUUAUACCUAACUGCGCACUAUCGUCUGUACGAGUUAUUUAUACAUUUUAUUUCUUAGUUAUCAGAUGCCAUAAUAUAAGUAUUAAUAGUACUUUAAUGAUAAUUAAUUUUUAUUACUUUGUAGUUUGCGUUAGAUUUGUAAUCCAGAAUUAUUGAUAAAUUAUGAUUUGACAUUCUUCUGGGAAUUUUGAUAUCAAGAUGACGUUUUCACUGCCUGCCAUAUUUUGAUAAAUAAAAGGCAUGUGUCUUUUCCACCUCCGUCUACCCUGGUUAGGUUAAUAUACUUGAGAGUUUUUUAUUAAUGAGUUAAGUGAAAAACAUAGUUAUUUACUUUUUAUUUACAAUGUUUAUUAAUUUAAUCUGCAUGUAAAGCACAAAUUAUUUUUAAUUUAUUCGUUUCUAUAUUAAUCUUAAUUAAAAUUAACUCGAUUGUUUACAGAAAGACUAAUUAAGAGUCACGAGUAACUAAAGUUAUAAACAACUUAAGUAAUACUGGAAUCGUUGUGUCAUUAAGCAAUAUGUUGUUAGUAGUUAGUUUUUAAGUCGGAUUUAAUUCAACUUUGGUGUGAUUUUGAAUAAAGCUAUCGCUUAUGUCGCUACAGUCUUAACUAGUCCACCAUGCGCGUCGCCAGGGGAAGGUAUGAGGGGGUCAGCUCCCACCUGCAGACUAAAAACCUAAAAAAUAA